AUGACAUCUUUGCUCAAGCCUUCUGUUGCAUAUAGUGGCAUAGGGGAAGGAGCAGAUCAGUAUACAUACGGCAACUCUCAGCCCAACUACACAAGUGAUUACGGGAACACUUACAAUAACUAUUACUACCAAGACAACAACCCUGCAGAGGAGGAUGACUUUGAUUAUCCAGACACAUAUGCAUAUGGAAAACAGGCGCCCUAUCAGCCUUAUGACAACAUCUAUCCUGAAGGGGAUAUAGAUGAUGCCACUGAGUUUCAGGCUGCUUAUGGUGAAUAUAAUAACUACAUAAGAACAGAGCCCAAUUAUCAGCAAGACAACCUUCCCAUAGGUGGUGAGCUAGGAGGAAUUACUGACUAUUCCGAAAACUUCCUUGGGUACGAAGGCACUACAAGACCAGUUGUGUACAGGCACGGAGCUCACCUAGCACCAGAGGGAGAGUUUGGAGAAAUCACAGAAACAAAGGACAAUUACAGAGAGCUUUAUGCUGAAAGGCCAUAUGCUCUAAGGCAAGGUACUCAUUUAGUCACAGAAGGAAAUUUCAAGAACAGAACUGAAUACAACAAAGAGUACUACCAAAAAGCUUCUGAAAGACCUCUGAAGCAGAAAUAUCCAGAUAAUCUCAGGCAAGAGGGUGAUUUGGAUGAUGUCACAGAAACUCAUGAUCAGCAUCGUCAGUUUGAUGCCCAGCGUCCAAUUGUCCAGAGACAUGGAGCACAUCUAGCUCCUGAGGGAAAAUUCAAGGACAGAACUGAAUACAACAAAGAGUACUACCAAAAAGCUUCUGAAAGACCUCUGAAGCAGAUAUAUCCUGAUAAUCUCCGGCAAGAGGGUGAUUUGAAUGACGUCACAGAAACUCAUGAUCAACAUCGUCAGUUUGAUGCCCAGCGUCCAAUUGUCCAAAGACACGGAGCACAUCUAGCUCCUGAAGGGGACUUUGGUGAGAUCACUGAGACGCAUGACAAGCAUCGGCAGUUUUAUAGCCAAAGACCAGAAAUACAAAGACACGGAGCCCACCUAAAGACAGAAGGAGACCUUCAAAAGGAUACUGUUUAUGAAACAGAUUUUGCCAACAAAGGUGCAGCAAAAAAGAGAAGUGCCAGAAAGAAGUCUGAUAACCUCAGACAAGAAGGGGAUCUAGAAGAAGUUACAGAAACUCAUGAAAAACACCGUGAAUUCUAUGCUGAGAGACCAGUUGUACAACGACAUGGUACUAAUCUGUCAAUACAAGGUGAUUUUAUAAAAGAUACGGAGUACGAGAAGGAAUAUGCUCAGAAAGAUUCUAAGAAAAGAGGAACUUACAAGAAAUCAGAUAAUCUAAAGCAGCAAGGAGAUUUCGGAGAAGUUACUGAAACCCAUGAUAAGCACCGGCAGUUUGACAGCCAGAGACCAGAAAUACAAAGGCACGGAGCCCACCUAAAGACAGAAGGAGAUCUUCAAAAGGAUACUGUUUAUGAAACUGACUUUGCUAACAAAGGUGCAGCAAAAAAGAGACGUGCCAGAAAGAAGGCUGAUAACCUCAAACAAGAGGGGGAUCUAGAAGAAGUUACAGAAACUCAUGAAAAACACCGGGAAUUCUUUGCUGAGAGACCAGUUGUACAACGGCACGGUACUAAUCUGUCAACAGAAGGUGAUUUUUUAAAAGAUACAGAGUAUGAGAAGGAAUAUUCUAAGAAAGAUUCUAAGAAAAGAGGAGCUUACAAGAAGUCAGAUAAUCUAAAGCAGCAAGGAGAUUUCGGAGAAGUUACUGAAACCCACGAUAAACACCGGCAGUUUGACAGCCAGAGACCAGAAAUACAAAGGCACGGAGCCCACCUAAAGACAGAAGGAGAUCUUCAAAAGGAUACUGUUUAUGAAACUGACUUUGCCAAUAAAGGUGCAGCAAAAAAGAGAAGUACCAGAAAGAAAUCUGAUAACCUCAAACAAGAGGGGGAUCUAGAAGAGGUUACAGAAACUCACGACAAGCACCGUGAAUUCUAUGCUGAAAGACCAGUUGUACAACGACACGGUACUAAUCUGUCAACAGAAGGUGAUUUUUUAAAAGAUACAGAGUACGAGAAGGAAUAUGCUAAGAAAGAUUCUAAGAAAAGAGGAGCUUACAAGAAAUUAGAUAAUCUAAAGCAGCAAGGAGAUUUCGAAGAAGUUACUGAAACCCACGAUAAACACCGGCAGUUUGACAGCCAGAGACCGGAAAUACAAAGGCACGGAGCCCACUUAAAGACAGAAGGAGAUCUUCAAAAGGAUACUGUUUAUGAAACUGACUUUGCCAAUAAAGGUGCAGCAAAAAAGAGAAGUGCCAGAAGGAAGGCUGAUAACCUCAAACAAGAGGGGGAUCUAGAAGAGAUCACAGAAACUCAUGAAAAACAUCGUGAAUUCUAUGCUGAGAGACCAGUUGUACAACGACAUGGUACUAAUCUGUCAACACAAGGUGAUUUUAUAAAAGAUACAGAGUACGAGAAGGAAUACGCUAAGAAAGAUUCCAAGAAACGGACACCCAAAAAAAAAAACGACAACCUUAAACAACAAGGGAACCUAGAGGGUACUACUGAAACCCAUGAUAAACACCGGCAGUUUGACAGCCAGAGACCAGAAAUACAAAGGCACGGAGCCCACCUAAAGACAGAAGGAGAUCUUCAAAAGGAUACUGUUUAUGAAACUGACUUUGCCAAUAAAGGUGCAGCAAAAAAGAGAAGUGCCAGAAAGAAGUCUGAUAACCUCAAACAAGAGGGGGAUCUAGAAGAGAUCACAGAAACUCAUGAAAAACAUCGUGAAUUCUAUGCUGAGAGACCAGUUGUACAACGACAUGGUACUAAUCUGUCAAUACAAGGUGAUUUUUUAAAAGAUACAGAGUACGAGAAGGAAUACGCUAAGAAAGAUUCUAAGAAACGAACUCUCAUAAAAAAAAACGACAACCUUAAACAGCAAGGUAACCUAGACGAUACUACUGAAACCCACGAUAAACACCGGCAUUUUGACAGCCAGAGACCAGAAAUACAAAGACACGGAACUAACCUAAAAACAGAAGGAGAUCUUCAAAAGGAUACUGUUUAUGAAACAGACUUUGCCAACAAAGGUGCAGCAAAAAAGAGAAGUGCCAGAAAGAAGUCUGAUAACCUCAAACAAGAGGGAGAACUAGAAGAGGUUACAGAAACUCACGACAAGCACCGUGAAUUCUAUGCUGAGAGACCAGUCGUACAGCGCCACGGUACUAAUCUGUCAACACAAGGUGAUUUUUUAAAAGAUACAGAGUACGAGAAGGAAUACGCUAAGAAAGAUUCCAAGAAACGGACACCCAAAAAAAAAAACGACAAUCUUAAACAACAAGGGAACCUAGAGGGUACUACUGAAACUCACGAUAAGCACAGGAAGUUUGAGUCUGGAAGGCCUGUAGUCCAAAGACAUGGGAGUAAUUUAACCAUAGAAGGAGAUUUGCAAAAUAACACAGUAUAUGACAAAGACUUUGAUGCUAAAGUGGGAAAGAAGAGAAGUGGAAAAAAAAACUCCGAUAAUUUGAAACAGGUAGGAGAUUUUAGUAAUAAAACUGAGGUACGAGAUAAGUUUGAGUAUAAAUCUUCAAAGCCUCCUGAGAAAAAAAAGGCUGAAGAUAAUCUUCGACAACAAGGAAAUUUUACAGAUAAAACAGAGGUCAAAGAUAAAUUCAAGGGUCAGCAGACUGAGAAACGCAAAGCUAAACGAUUAAGUGGAAAUCUUAAAAGUGAAGGUAAAUUUGGUGAAAUAAGUGAGGUUAAAGACAAAUACCAACCAACUGAUCCCUCUAGACCUGAACGUAAGAGAGGAAAAACAAACCUCCUCCUUGAAGGACCAACUGAAGGUGAAUCAGAAUAUAAUGCCAUGUUCCACCUAUUUGGAGGCCAGAACCGUUACUCGUACCGAAUUUCUGACAAUUUGAAGCCGGAGGGGACUUUUGGAGAGACAAGUGAAAUCCAUGAUAAAUAUAGACAAUUUAACGCAGAACGCCCUGUCAUCUGGCGUCAGUCAACAAAUCUCAAACCAGAGGGGCAAUUUGGGGAAUCGUCUGAGUUCCGUGACAGAUACAGGGAAUUUAAAGCUGAACGGCCUGUUGUAAAAAAGAUGAGUUCAAAUCUACGUCCAGAGGGGGAUUUUGGUGAACUGAGUGAAGUCAGAGAUAAAUACAGAGAGCUUGAAACUCAUCGUAGUAUUGCCCCAAAGCAUGAGGCUACUAUGAAACCUGAAGGUCAGUUUGGAGAAAUAUCUGAGAUUCGUGACAAAUAUAGACAUUUUGAACCCCAACGAAUGGUGGCUCCAAAGCAUGGUGCCAAUUUGAAAACUGAAGGUAAUUUUGGUGGAGUUUCAGAACUGCAUGACCAAUAUCGGAGUCUUAAAGCAGAAAGAAAUAUUGCAAAACGUCAUUCUGCAAAACUGAAACCUGAAGGUCAGUUUACAACUAAUACUGAAGCUAGAGAUAACUAUGUCAGUCAAGAAACCCAGCGCAAUGUAGCUAAACCAAUAAAGGACCAAUUAAAGCCAGAAGGUCAGUUUGGCGAGAUAACAGAAAUCAAAGACAAAUAUAAACAGAUGGAGGUUCAAAGAAAUAUUGCGAAGCGGCACUCAGCGAAUCUAAAGCCAGAGGGCAAUUUCGGAGAAACCUCGGAAGCUCGGGAUAAAUACAAAGAACUAGAAAACCAGAGAAAUAUAGCCAAGCCAAUCAAUGAUAAGCUUAAGCCAGAGGGACAGUUUGGAGGUGUAACAGAAGCGAAAGAGAAAUAUACAGAGCUUCAGCGACAAAGAAACAUAGCCAAAAAGCACUCUGCAAAUCUCCGACCAGAGGGUGACUUUGGUGAAACCUCAGAAUUGCAUGAUAAAUAUAAACCAUUAGACUCUCAAAGAAAUAUUGCAAAGAAGCACUCAGCAAAUCUAAGACCAGAGGGAAGGUUUGGCGAAGUAAGUGAGGCUCGUGAUAAGUAUAAGGAAUUACCAUCUCAAAGAAACAUUGCUAAACCUGUCAGUGAUAUGCUGAAACCUGAGGGGGACUUCGGAGAAAUAACAGAGGUGAAAGACAGUUAUAGGGAGUUAGAGCGUCAAAGGAAUAUUGCAAAGAGGCAUUCUGCUAACCUGAAGCCUGAAGGAAAGUUUGGGGAGGUAACAGAGGCACAUGCAAAUUACAAAGAACUGCCAUUCCAGAGGAAUAUUGCAAAACCCAUCGGUGACCUGUUAAAACCCGAGGGUGAAUUCGGAGAAAUUACAGAAGUAAAAGACAGUUACAGAGAACUAGAGCGUCAAAGAAAUAUCGCUAAGAAACACUCAGCCAACCUAAGGCCCGAAGGUCAGUUUGGUGAGACGACCGAAGUACGAGAUAAGUACAGACAGCUAGAAGUUCAGAGGAACAUUGCCAAACGUCACAGUGCUAAGCUAAAACCUGAAGGGAAUUUUGGUGAGACUUCAGAAUUGCAUGACAGUUACAGAAACUUAAAUCCCCAAAGGAACAUCGCCAAGAAACAUGAAGAUAAGCUGAAACCUGAAGGCGAAUUUGGAGAAGUAACAGAAAUCAAGGAUAAAUACAAACCUCUUGACUCUCAGAGAAACAUUGCAAGACGCCACAGUGCAUCACUAAAGCCAGAGGGAAAAUUCGGUGAAAUAACAGAGGUCAAGGAUAAAUACAAAACCUUUGACAGUCGACGUCCCAAAGUAGAGAAGAAGAACCAAGAUAAUCUUUGGGAAGAAGGGAUCAGAAUACCGGUUAAAGGCAACACAGAAUCAACUUCAAACUACACAGAGUUUAAUAACCUCCGUGCCCUUGACUUAAGAGUACCGCCUAAGUACACAUAUAAUGUCACAGCUGUUAAAGUUGCAUGAACUAUUUAAAAUGACUAAUACCAGAGAGUCUAGUGUAAUUUUUGUAAAACCCAGUGAAGAAAUCUAAGCAAACAAUUUUAUACUAAUGCAACUGUAUCAGUCCUUAGAACUAGCUUAUUCAACACAUACGUAUUUGCCAUGAUAAGAGAAUUUUAUGCCUGUCGUUUUGAUAUUUCCUAGAUAUAACACCCUCUGCCUUAUUGUAGUGAAUAAGCUUUUUAAGAUGCUUUAUUAUUGAGGAAAGUGAUACAUUUUAUAACAUUUUUAGCCUUUUAUUAAGAAGGAACAUGUUUUCAGCAUCUGGCCAGUAGUCUUAAUGUAUUCUGCAUAAAAUCUGUAUGUGAACAUAUAGAUUUGAUUUCCAGGACCUUGGAAAGGCUAAACAAAUCACGUUUUACAUUGGUACCCUUAAGUCUACUACUUUUAUUUUGUGUAGAACUCGGCUCGGAGUGGGGCCUCUAUUAUAUAGACAUGGACUUCAGAUUGCUACACGGUUUUAAGGAUGUGAUCAUAACAGAAUUUCCAAUCAUUUAUUUAUAUCAUGUAGUCAUUUAUAUUUAUUAUAUAAGAUUAUUCUAUAUAUUCUCAUGAAGUAUAUCAGCUUAUUCCAGACAUACUAUAUUCCGUCAUUUGUUUUAUAGUGGUGUGCUCAUUUAGGCAUUUUUUAAAAUUAUUUAUAGCCUUUAUUAGUACUAAGGGACGUAUGAAUACAAUUAUUUAAUUAUUUCUCAAGUCCCUCUGCUGGGAUUCCUUGCAAUAUUAUCAAAUGGCAAUGUUUGUUAAGGAAUCCAAAAUAUCCAAUACGAAGGAGAAAAGGGCAUACAAAGAGCAUUGUUGUCAAAGCAUAUAUGUCAGAUAUAAAUGAAUUACAGUAUUUUACUCUAUUACCUUUUGAAUCCAUCGCUUCUUCACGUGAGUAAGAUAUGGAAAUUAAUUAUCCCAUUUUGGAAAAGCACUCGGCAGGUUAGCCUGAAAGCGAUCAAACGUUUAUCCUCAGUAACAACAUAAAUAGUGCUGGCUUUAAAGGCUGUAAAAUGGUCUGUGGGAAAGAAAACCAACCGGAUGGUAAGAACAUGAAGAAAUUACUCAGUGGUCUCUGUAUGCCAUAUUUCUCUUGACUGCGGAUCAGGCGCACGUGCGUCUAGACGCUUGCUAGUCUAGUUGCUCCGUUGCUAUUUAGCUGUGCUAUGUGCAUUUUAACUGCUGUUACUUGUAAUUAGAUAUUUAUCCUGUUAUAUCAUUAAUGUUGAAGUCUAUAUAGAAAUGUUUUAACUACGGAAUUUGCAUAUCAUUCACUAUCUGUCUUAACUAUGUUGGAACUAUGUUGGAAUUGACAAAGCUGUGACUCCGGUAAUUGUUGCUGAUAAUAAUUUCAUAUUCUGCUUUGUCACUGAGUGCCUCAGUUACUAUUAACAACUAUUAACAAUAUUAUCAAUGACCAUACUAUGACUGUACAUUAUCUGCACCAAGUGGCAAGCACCAAUCAUUUCCAUUCACUCCUGUGAUGAGUCUGCAACGACCUUCACCAAUAAAACUGCAAGUAAAUACAAUCAAAUACUUUACUAAUAAUUCUACUGCAAGGCAUGUUGGUGACUCAUUACCAAUAAUUCUGUUGCAGAGGGUGUUGGUAACUCUUUACCAACACUUCUACUGCAGAAUGUUGGUGACUACCAGUAAUUCAACUGCAGAGUAUGUUGUUGACUCUUUACCGAUAAGCCUAGUGCAGAGUAUGUUGGUGAUUAGUAAUGAUUACAAUAACUCGUUUGCUUCCGACUUCACAAGUAAUAUCUGAAUCCUGUCCCAUGUUGUUUCUACUAAUGAAGCCGCUGGUAUUUCCAAAAAUGAUAAUGUUCAUGAACCAGCAAGUUCCUGUGCUGUUAAUUAUCCCAUCACCCAAUUUGUUAGUAAUGUCAGCUUAUUCUUUCAUCACCUGAGGUCAAGCUUCGCCCUUUGAUAUUGAGGCUUUACUAGUUGCCUUCAGUAGAAUGCCAAUAUACUUUUGCUUAGGAACCAAACAAACUGCAGAUACCAAUGUCAAAGUAGCAGCCAUUUACAGGGAAUUGUACAAGAAUUUAUACAUAAUGGACAGAGUUCUCAAUAUAGCAUAACCUUAUUCCUUGGU